AACUAUCUGCCGCCUUUGAAGCUUUCUCAUUAAUAUUGCUCAACCCGUCCACUUCAAUUCAUCUCCAAAUCAACAUCUCUCUCUCUUGUGCGUAAUGCAAAUGUUGAUGAUUCAAUAAAGUAAUCACAACUUGCAUUUACAAAAAUUCUCUGAUUUCUUUGAAAUACACUUACAAAAAGCUUGUAAUAACAAAAUCCUACUAUUAUAUUUAUACAUCCAAGAAAAAAAAAAGGUAUGGAGGAAGAAAACCAUCUAAAUCCACCACCAAAAAAUCAUCAAAAAAUCCAUGAAUUUGCGAGGAAUAAACAAGAAGGCGGAAGCAAAACCUUAGUUUAUAUUCUAGUCGCCGUGGUUCUACUAAGCAUCGCCUUCCUAAUAUUCGGCCUCGUCGUGCUCCGAAUCAAGGCUCCCACUCUCCGCCUAUCAAACGUCGUCGUAAGGGACCUGCGCCACACAUCUUCGUCGCUGAACAUGACCAUGAUCGCCGAUAUCACCCUCCACAACAUGAAUUUCGGCCGCUUCCAGUUCCGCGGCGGAAGCGCUGCUUUGUUGUACGGCAACGCCACGUUUGGGGCGGCGAGCAUCUCCGCCGGCGGAGUUGGCGGCAGAGGGCGGAGACGGAUCAGCGCGACGGUGGAGAUGAUCAUCGGCGGGCCGCCACCGGAGAAUUAUAUGAAUAUUAGCAGAGAUAUUGAAUCGAAUUUGGUGAGGCUGAUGAGUGUGGCGGAAUUGCGAGGUGAAAUACGUGUGAUGAAGAUCGUGAAUAGGAUUAGAACUGCUUCGAUGAAUUGUAGCAUGGAUUUGAAUCUCUCGGGCCAACAAGUCCAGGGGUUAUCAUGUCAGUGAAGAACAAUUAAUUUCUCAAUCGAUAAAUAUAUAUCUCAUAGUUUUUAUUUUA